AUGUCAUGACGUAGAGCCUAGCAACAACGCAGGCUCCCGGCGGAGUCCGUUAUGGCCGCUGCUGUCUUGAGGAGGAUGAGGGGAACCGUGCAAGCGAAACUGCGGUACUCGCCCGGCCUCCAGGUCCCGGGAGGGUUGGCGCAGCCGCUCGUCCUGGCGCUCCUGCUUGCGUCCGCCACCUUGUCCAGUGCUGUACCAGAGACUGAUUUGCUGAGCCAAACUGUACUCCAGCCAGAUGUCUCUGCUCUAAAUAUGAGUGCUUUAACACAUGAAAACCAAACCAAACUUUCUGUCUCCCAAAUCAGCGCCACUCUCCGUCCCACAACUAGUACAGAGAAAGGUGGAGGGGCAUCUAUGGCCCCUCAUCCCUCACCUACUACUUCCCUGUCUCAAGAGGAGGCAGAUAACAAUGGAGAUCCCAGCAUAGAGGAGGAGGAUCUUCUUACGCUCAAUAGUUCUCCAUCUACCGCCAAAGACACUCUGGACAAUGGAGACUAUGGAGAACCAGACUAUGACUGGACCACCAGCCCCAGGGACGAUGAGUCCAGUGAAGCUCUGGAAGAAAACAGGAACUACAUGGAAAUUGAACAGUCAGUGAGAUCUUUUAAGACCCCAUCCUCAAAUAUUGAAGAGGAAGAUAGCCAUUUCUUUUUUCAUCUUAUUAUUUUUGCUUUUUGUAUUGCUGUUGUUUACAUUACAUAUCACAACAAAAGGAAGAUUUUCCUUCUGGUUCAGAGUAGGAAAUGGCGUGAUGGUCUUUGUUCCAAAACAGUGGAAUAUCAUCGUCUAGACCAGAAUGUUAAUGAGGCAAUGCCUUCGCUGAAGAUUACCAAUGAUUAUAUUUUUUAAAGCACUGUGAUUUGAGUUUGCUUAUUAUGUAAUUUUAUUUGCUUGACUUUUUUAUAUAAUAUUGUGCAGAUGUUUGCCAUAGGCAGUUGGUACUUAAAUGAGAGGUGGGUCUCUCUUUAUUUUGCCUUGGUGCUUUCGAAAUGAAAUGUCACAAACAAGGAGUAUAUAAUUUUUUAUCUACACAUUUAGAGGUAAAUUCAAUCAGGUGUCCAGAAUGUGGAGCUAAGCAUUAUUAUUAGUUUUGUUUUAGAUUUCUUUAUUGUUCUUCUUCUGGAAGUGUUAGUAAUACUAGUUUUACAAGAUCCCAACCUUGUAACUAAAUCCUAACAUAUCUGGUACUGCUGGCUCCGAUUCUCUUUCUGCCAUCCAAAUACUGUUUUAUAAGCACACAUUUUGUGAUCCCAAACUGUUAAUGUACAAGGAUGCGUAUAAUAGCGCUUGGCAUAUAAGUAACAUUUUUUCUUCCAGGAAAAUCGCUUUGGAUAUUUUUGGAUGAUUUAAACGUAACUUAAGAUAAUGAUAAUGCUCAAUCUGACCACAGUUUUAGGUAACAUAUUAAUAAAUGUCUCUAGAAAUUCUGGUAAUAGAGAGACUCUGCAGUUUGCAGUGGAUAUAGAUGAAAUGUUAUAGAGAUACCAUAUUUUGGCUUAAAUUACUGAAUUAAAUUUAGAGGUAGAAAUUGUGGCAAAAUAUUAAAUACACAUACAGUUGCUUUCAGUCAGCAAUUGAUUGUAGCACGGGUUCCUCCAAGCUUCCAAGCAAGGAGCAGAGUUUAAAAUUCUAUCAGAUUUUUUCAUGUUGUCUAUUACUUUAUAGUAAGUUUGAACAAAUUUUAGGGGUCAUUAUCACUUAAGUAAUUCUGUAUCUAGGCCUUUCAAAUUAAAAUUAUACCUGAAUGAAGUUGUUUGUAUACAUAGAGGGUAUAUGUGUGCACUGACUUUUUCUCCCCCUGUACUUGUUUUAUUUUCUUCUGUUUUGUUUUUCACAGCAACUGGAAAUUAUUUACUGUAAUUUGUUUUACCCUGUCUUUCUAUAAUAAAGAAUUGAUCAAUAUGUACAUAUGUGAUUUGAACCAUGGUUGACUUACAAGUGUCACUGCAACUUUGUAGAAAACAUAACCCCUAAUAUAUGUUAAACACCCACUCAGAAAGUCCGGGUGAGCCAGUGGGCAUGAGCAUUGUGUAAAGAUGGAAGAAGCGGGGCAGUCCACCAUUUCUCUCAGGUGGACAAUUUACUGUCCUGAUGAGGAAGGGCAGCACAAUGGAAAUAUACCUGAACUGUUUUAUGGCAGUAAUUUUUCAUAUCUGAAAUUGUAUUAUUUAAUAUUUUGAAUAAGAUUUUAAAAAUAAAUAGCAAAAAUAUAAAUCUA